AUGCGUGGCGAGCUGGAUCGCGGCGCGUGCGCAGCACGCCUCGCAGGCCAUCCUGCCGACGUCCCUGAAUUUUCAGCCGAACGACAGGCGCAUGCACGCUUUUCUCCGCGUGCCGCGCGCAGGCGUGCCAAGCGCCCGCCCACGCCGUGCCAUUCCAACCUCCCCGUCCAGCACGCGAUCCCAGCAGUCCGCGGGCGUGAGGCGCGGGCGUCGGCGGCGCGGGCGUCGGCUGCGCCAGACUGUCAGCCCUCGUCCACCGCGGUGGAGUCCGAGGGCCAGGUGAUCUGGGCGGUGGGCACGGCACUGCUGGGCCCCUCGCCGUUGGUGUAG